AUGACUGCUUAAUUUAAGGAAAGUAUUUUAAUUCGUACACUCAAAGUUGUGAAAAUUGCUCAUAAUAAUGCAUUUCUUGCUAUGAUGGUUCAAAUUGCACAAGCUGUACCUAAUCAUAUUUUUUAGAUUAUAAAAAUUAAGUAUGCAAUUCAACUUGCUAACAAGGUGGAAAAUUGCGCAAUUUGCAAUCAAGCUGAUACAUGUUUGUAAUGUAAUUAAGGUUGGGAUCUAAGUAGCGAUUAAACUAUCUGUCUCUAUAGUCUAUGCUCUACGAAAGGGAUGUAUUAUGAUUCAAAAGAAAAUACAUGUAAAUAUUACUGCAGCGAAGGUUACAAUUAAUAAACCGCCACAUGCUCGUAGAUUUAGAAGGUAUAAAACUUAAAAACAGACAUAAUUUAGAUAAACAACAACUAAGAUAAAGAUAUUUAGUAGAUUCUAUUAGUUGAAAUAUAAGGAAAUCCUACUAUAAUUGCUAUUGACAGCACUAUGGUAGUAUACUAUUUAUACCCAGAACUCAAGCCAUACUAUAGUAUCUCCUUAAAUGCCACUUCUUAAUUGACUUAUUCUACUUAGAAUUAUAUUAAUAUUCUAUUGAAUGAUUAUUUGACAAUAGUCAGAAUUAACAUACUAUCAAAUAGCGUUGAAUCAUAUUAACUUCCUAUUUAAUUCGAUGCUGUUUUUUAAUAAGGAUCUUAUCUUUUCAAUUUAAAUUAAAAUAACAACUUAUUUUCAUUUUCUAUGUUUAACUUAGAUACUGCAUUCAAUCUUACAUCAUUUUAAAUACAGUUACAAUAGCAAAGAAUACUCUAAAAAAGCAAUAAUUUAGACGCAGUAGAUAAUGAUUAAACUUCAGAGGAUUAUGUUUUUGAAUUAAAUAAUCAUUUCAAAACUCCAGAAAAAAAAUUUUAAAUGAGAAACUUGUAAAAAAAUUAGUUAUUAUAUGUGGAUAGUAAAGGUUGCAACGUUUAUGCCCCAUCAAAUUUAAACACAACAUCAUAGCUGAUUACAAAUCCACUAAUAGAUGUGAAUUUACCUCUAGUAUAGAAUAACAUUUAUGCCUCGUUAAGUACUUCAAUUUAAUCAAAUAAUAAAAUGAAAAUCUAAAAAAAUAAUAUGAUAUUUUUUAUUGAAGAAAUGAAUACAAUACUUUUUUACAACAUAGAGUAAUAAUCUUUAUAUUAUGUAAACGCCUCAAACACAACCCAAAUAAGUAUGCUAGGAACAUUCAGUUAAGGCUAAUUGUUGUGUACUAAAUAUGUUAAUAAAACAAUUAAUUUGCUAUUUUUGAAUACUAGUUCUCUUUCCUCUGGUUUUGUUUUGCCUUUAACUUAAAAUUCUACCAACUAAAUUUUAAACUACGACUAAAAUGCAGUGUUUUAAAUUUAUGGAAUUGGAGCGCUAGUAGGAUGUUAGUCUUUAGAUUAAUAAGAUUUUAUCUUGUUUUAAGGAUAAUUAGGGUUUUAAGCAGUUAGUUUAGGUAAAAUAAUAAGAAAUGAAACUUUAAACACUUAAGAGAAUAAUUAUAAUUUUAAUGCCCUCUAAAAUUAAAACUAUGAAAGCCUAUUCAAAAUAGACAAUACAUUUUUUUAUACAUUUUCUUAAAUUGGAAACUAGUACACAAUAAAAUUGCUAAAAUAAAUUAAUCAAGAAAUAAAACAAAUCUAUUCAUUCAAUUUUACUAAUGAAUAUUACUUCUUUAGCUAAGCACCUACUUAUUAAACAGUGAUUUUCGAUAACACCAAGGGAAAAUUAAUAAUUGCUAAUAGAAAUGAAUUAGAAAUAGUUUCUAUUUAAUAAACAAACAGUUAUUAAUCUAGAAACUACAGUACUUAUGGUGGAGGAAAAAUAUGGUAAAUGUAUGGAGAUAUUAUUGGAGUUUAUAACUUUACAAGUUACAACGCUAUAUGCUUUGUUUAUUAAUUUGGCUUUAAUUUUAUAUUUUUCUAGUAGCACUAAUAAAAUUUUUAGAAUUUCGUAGAUUUCUAAAUUGAUAAAGUCAUAAAUAUUGACCAAUACUUAAUCCUAUAUAAUGAUUUAGUUUAGAGAAAUUUAAUAUUUGAUUUGACCUAACAAAGAUUUUUCUAAUUAAAUAUACCUAGCAAUUCUUAAAAUUAAACUUUUAUCAUUAAUAGUUACUAAUACUUACUUGCUCUUGUUUAAUUAAACGAUUCUUCUAUCAAGCUUUAUGUGAUUAAUGGUAAAUAAGGUGUUGUUGGGUUUGAUUUAAAUUUUUACCUUGCAGAUUAGGAAAUAAGCAGCUUGUUUACAUCUUUUUAAGAUAAAAUAUACAUUCCUUCAAAUACCAGUACUGCAGUUGUAUUUUAAUACAAUAAUGGAGCCCUAACUUUUUCUAAUAGUUUCUUCUACAAUACUGAUUAUUUUAUUUAUAACUACACACAUUUGUUCCUACUCUCUACCUGCAAAUAUUUUUAAUCGCCAGUAGUAACUCUAUUUAAUACAUAAAAAUAAAUAAAUACUUAAAUUCUGUUUUAGUAUUUAAACUCAUUUUUAUUUUAAAAUUAAUUUAUUGUAUUUUACCAAUCAUUACCUAUUGUCCUAUAUAAUACAGAUGUUAUAGGAGCAAUAUCAACUAAAAUAUAUAAUGUAACAUCAAAUUUAACACUAAGCUAUUAAAUUCAAACUCCUAUGACAAACUUCUAAAUAGUAAGAACCUAUGUUAUAUAUACUAGUUAAUCAAUAAGUUAUAGCUACAACGUGGCUACAAAUACCUCAAAUAGCCUUCCUCAAUAUCCAUUCUCUACUCAAGCCUAAAUAAAAUCUGCUUUUAUUUAUGGGAGUGUAUCGCUUUUGCCUGUCAAUUUUCCUACUUAUAAUUUCAUUGGUAUUUAUAGCUUAAAUAAAUAAUCUUAUGUGUAGAAAGUGGUAUAAUAAGGCAGCUAAAUUCCGAAAUUUUAACCUUCAUUUUAAAAUGAGCUAAUUACUUAUGAUACUUUAUAUUCGUAAUCUGUAUUCUUAAUAGACGCAUUGAGUAUGGUUUAGAUUCCAAAAUGGUAUACUAUAGAUUAGACCAUUUAUUACUAACAAAAAAUUUUUUUCACAAUCUAACAAACUCAAAUAGGCUAUAUUGAUGUAAAAAAUAAAACAGCAUAACUCUUAAUCAAAAGCGAUAAUAUAUAAAUUCUUUAUGGCUACACUGUAUUUUAAAACUAGGUUUAUUAUGCUGCUAAUUUAAAUAAUAAUAUUUAUUUAUUUAACUCUACUUCUCCUCAGCCUAUGUUUUAAAUUCCUGUAAAAAUUGCUAUUUAUUUUGAACAAAUAGUAAAUAUGAUGAUCGUAUUUUAAUAAAACUAGUAAGUGAUGCAAGUUUAUUUAUUUUAAACUUAACAAAAUUUAUAUAUUUAAAUAUCGAAUUAGAAUUUAAUUAAAUAUAAAGUUAAUUAUUACUACUUUAAUUCUCUCAAUCUUGUACUAAUAACUGUUGAUAACUAGAUUGGUUAUUUUAUUAAUUAUGAAAACGCUUCAUAUUUUUAACUAAAGCUUGGCUAAUAUCAAAUAUAAUUCCAAGAUGGAUUAUUUAGUAAAGAUAAUUAAAUUGUUACCUUUUAAUAUACUAAUAUCUUCCUAUUUAAUAUAUCUGUAAAUGGAUUAUAAUAAAUUUAGAUAUAAAUCAAUUAAUAAUCAUAAACUUGCUAUAAUAAGCAAUCUCUUUUGACUUAGAUUCAUUUUAACAAAUUUGUUCUGUAUAAUUCAAUGUAAAAUACAAUUGGAAUUUCAUUUUAAUCCUUUAACUAUGGUGUGCAAGGAUAGUAUAUUUUUACUCAAGAAUAAAUGGAUUUAUUAACUCUGGUAUCAUAGAAAUCUUUUGAAAUUUAUUAACUCUCAACAUUAACUUAUUUAAGAACCACAUUAGUGAGUGGAUUAUAAUUAAAUCCUUAUUUAGCAGUAACAUACUCAAAUGAAAUUAUAAUACCUAGUGGAAAUUGGUUUUAUGUUAUAGAUACAUCAAGCUAAAUAUUCAAAAAAUAAGUUAACCUCAAUAAAUCUACAAAAAUAAAUUUUAUUGUGUUUGAAGAUUUAAAUUAAGUUGCAUAAUUAAAUUAAAACUCAGGAAUAAUAGAUGUCAAAAAUAUUUCAGAUUUUUCAUUAUCUUAACAAAUCAAAUUAAAAACUCCUUUCACAAAAUCUAAAUACAACUUUUUUUCAUUUAAAAUUUCCUCUGCUGAAAUAUUAGUCUUUCCUUCUAAGUCAUAAUAUCAUGUCAUUAAUAUUUAAACAAAUAGCUACUAGAUAUACAACAUAUCUUAUUCUUGUCUUUAAAUAAACAAAAGUUACUAAUUCACUAAAAUAUAUAAAACAUAAUAAUAAUUAUCAGGAAUAAUAGUUUAAACAGAUUAGUAUAUUUCUUUAUUUUACACCAACAGCAGCUUUAGUGUUUUGGACACUAAUUUAUAAAAAGAAUCUUCGAUUAUUGGAGUUGCUCAAUAUCCUUACUAAUUGGAGAUAAAUAAAAAUUUGAUAGUGUUUUAAUUAUAAUCUAAUAUAACUGUGUUUUAGAUUUCUUAUGAUAGCUCUUAAAAUAUCAUUUUUAAGCAGAUUUAUUAAUACGUUUUUUCGAAUUAAACCAUGCAAACAUUCUUCAUCAACUUUGAUAAUAAUUUGCAAUAUUUGCUCUACUCUAGUAAUUUUUAUACAAGUGUAAUUGACUUAUCAAAUAAUUAGCAAAUAGCUCAAAUUUAAAAUGCUGCUUAAUACAAUUAAAAAAUUAUAGCUGAUAGCAAUUAUUUCUAUUUAAUAGGAAUAUCAAAUUUUAUUUUAUAUGAUAAAAAAACAUUAUCAAUCAUAAAUUCAUAUAUAGUUAAUUAGUUUAUCUACUCUAAUAUUUUUAGAGUUUAAUAUGUAGAGAAUGAGUACUUCUUGGUAUUUUUGCAAUACGGACUCCACCUUAUCAAGAUGAACUAUUUCAAAACUUCUUUAAUUUAGGCAUUUAAUAAUCUUGAAAAAUCUUAGAUAAUUAAUUUGAAAAAAUUUUAUAAUUCUCAAAAUGCUCUUUAAACUGUAUAAAUUGUAGGAUUUUGUGAUCAUACACUAUUUAAUGUAGAAAUCAAUAAUUUAGAUUUAAAUAUGAACACAACUUAAGCUACUGUUGAAAUAAUUAAUCAGCCCACAUAGUUAUAGACGAAUUAACAACACUAUGCGGCUUAAUACUAAGUUUAAUAACAAAACAAGAUGAUUGGAUUGUACAAAAUAAACUUUGAGUAGGUAAGCUAAAAUAUGUCAAAUAUUAUAGUGUACUUCCCUAACAUAUUUAAUGGAUCUACUGCAAUUUAAAUUUCUUCUUCAGAUGAUAAUAUGAAUAUAAAUAAUUUGAUACUAACUGAUAGUAGUUAUUUGAACCCGAUUUUCAGUAAUUUAAUCUUUUUAAAUAUAUAGCUUUCAAUAUAAGUAUAAUAAUAAUAAGCAUAAUAAUUACUGAAUCCAUUUUUUAAUUUAAAUAAAAUUAUUUUUGAUAAAGUAUAUUUAUAAUUAUUUAAUGACACUGCAACUUUCUAUGUGAAUGAUUGCCUUGUAGUUAUAAUUGAAGAAUUAAUAAUAUAAAACUAGAAUUUAGAGAGAAAUUAAGUUGCAAUACAAUUUUAGAAUGUAAAUUAAUUAAUUAUCAAUAAGCUAAACAUUCAAAAUCUAAACACUACAUCAAUAUCAUCAAUAAUUUCAUUUAAUAACAUAAACACAAUAAAUGUUAAUUUAAUUUAGAUUUAAAAUUCUAGAAUUUAAUUUAAUGUUAUGAACUUCUUUAACUGUAGUGCAAUAAAUAUUUCUCAGAUAACCAUUCAGAAUAUAUAAUUUACUCAUGAUAGCAUUAUUAAAUUCAUCAGAAUUACUUAAUUAAAUAUAUAAAGUUUUAUAGUUAGUUAAGUUCAUAAUUUAGUUACUACAAGAUUACUCAAUAGUAUAUAAGAUUUAGAAGGUGGAUUCAAUUAAAACAGCUUAGGCAACUACUUAAUAGAAAUUCAAGGAUGCCAAAUAAGUAGUUUCUUAAACUUUUAAGUCAUAUAAAUUUAAAAUGUUGGUAUUUUGAAAUCAACUAAUUAUAUAUAAAGUAUUAAUAAUUAAUAUUCUAAUUAAUUAAUAAACUUUAAUGGUAUUAAUAUUCUGGAAUGUUAAAACAACUUAGCCUUUGAGAUAUUCUAUUUAAUUGGGUAAAGCAUAACAAUCACUAAAUUAUUUAUGUAAAAUGUUUAAUUAAAAUUCUAAGCUAUCUAUUUAGAAACUGAAAACCAAGGGUCUAUUGGGUAAUCUUUAUUUGACAAUAUUAACUUAGUUGAUUAUUCUGUAAUUUACUUAACUGGAGGUCAAAUAAAUAUAUCAGCUUCUAAUUUUACAAAUAUUUUUUCAUAAAAUUCAGCAGCAAUCAUAUGUGAGUAAUCUUAAAUACUUUAAAUAGAUUAAUCUUAUUUCUAGAAUGUACACUGCAUAAAUUAAACAAGUGAAAAAAUAUGCUAAGGCGGUGCUGUUAAAUUAUAAUAAAUAAACAGGAUUAAUCUUCUUUCAAAUAAUUAUAAUUAUACUACUUCAAGUUAUUAAGGAGGAGCUUUGGCAAUAAUUAACCAAAAUAAUUAUCAAAUAGUUAUAGAUUCAUCUAUUUUUACUAGUUGUGCUGCAUCAUACUCAUCAGGAGGAGCAAUUUAUUUUGAAUAUUCCUAGAAUAUAACAAUAAACAACUCUACAUUCAUAAACAAUACUGCUUAGCUUGAAAGAGGAGGAGCUAUUGCUUUACAAGAUUCUGAUUUGCUUAACAUUACUAACUCAAGCUUUUAUCAAAAUGAGGCUUAAAUUGGAGGAGCGAUCUGGUAUGGACCAGGAGAUUAAACUUUUAAAAAGUACUAGAAAAACUUUCUAUCUAACAAAUUUAUAUCAAAUAUUGGACUAUUUUAUGGAUAGAACAUAGGAUCUUGCCCAACACAAAUCUAAAAAGUAACUUCAUAGGGGUAAGUUAUAUUUUCAAAUUAGAUAGUUGGUUUAUCAAGUGGUAGCACUCUAACUGAGAAGGUUUAUUUUAAUUUCUUUGACGAAGAAAAUAGAGUCUUAAAUUUCACAAACUCUGAAUUAUAUCCUCAAUCGUUAAAAAUCUAAAAUGAAAGAAUGGGAUAUUUUAUGAAAGUAAUAAACGAUCAAAAUCCCAAUUUAUAAAUUUUGUAAGGUAUAUCACUAGAAAGAGUAAAAGAUACAGGGUCAUUUUAACUUUUAUUGUCAUCUACCUACAAAAAUAGUUAGUAAUAAAGUGUCAGCAUAUAAUCAAAUCCCCUUGUAAAUUCACAGUAGCUAAACUACAAUUUAACUUUGAUAUUUAGACAAUGUUUGAGAGGUGAACUUUAAAUUGCUAAAAAUAAUUUCAUUGAGUGCUAAGAGUGUGGAUAAGGAAAAUAUUCUUUAGAUUUACCAACAACUUAAAAUUAAAAUAAUUUAAUUUGUAAAUCAUGCCCUGACCAGGCAACUAGCUGCUAAAAAGAUCAAAUUAUUUUAAAAGAUGGGUUUUGGAGAGAUUCUGUUCUUUCUGAUGUAAUAUAUGCUUGCGUAUCUGAUGGAUGCUCAGAAAUGUAUGAAGGAUAAAUAAAAAGAUGUAAACCUGGAUAUAUUGGAACUCUUUGUGAUUCUUGUGAUGGAAAUUCUAGUAUAUGGGGUUCUUAGUAUGGAAAAAAGGGGAACUACUGUGAAAAGUGCAAAAAUCUAACAAAACAAUAUGUUUAUUUUGCUUUAAUCAUUAUUGGAUAUACUUUUUAUGCUCUUAUCUAUGUCUUUAAUAUGAUAGAUAAAAAAAUUUUAGUUAUGAAAUUGAUUAUUUUUAGAAAGAUGGAGUUGCUGAUGACAAGUAAGUCAAUUUACUAAGGAGAAUCCUUUAAUUUAUGGAUUAAGAUACUAGUUCAUUAUCUUUAAAUUCUGUCUCUUAUGUCUGGGUUAAGUAUCUAAUAUCCUAGUUUCUUAGAAAUUUCAGUUGGAAUAUUUGGAAAUCCUUCUAGUUUGACACUUCUAAGCUUAGAUUGUUUAAUCAAGACAACAAGUUACUAUCCUAUUUGGUACCACAGAAUAAUAACUCAAAUACUAAGCAUGGUUGCUCAAUACAUUCUAGUAAAUGUAAUUUUUUUGUUUAUAGUAUUAAAAAAAAAGCAUAAACAUUUGAAAAAAUUGAUAUCAAAGAUUUAUCUUAAAUCAACUUUCAUAUUUAUGUACAUCUUCUAUCAGCCUUCAAUAUCAAAGGUAAUAUUUUCUGGAUACUUUUGCACUAAGAUAGGAAAUACUUACUAUUUGAUUUCUGAUUUAAACCAGGAAUGUUAUGAUUAACCUCAUAUCAUUUUACUUUGCUCCACAAUAAUACCUCUCACAAUAAUUUGGUGUGUUGUUAUCCCUUUGAUAUUUAUUAGAAAGCUGCAUAAAAUUAAAUAAAUAAAAGAUACCAGUCUUCCAACUCUUGUUGAUAUAAUUUACGGAAUACUUUAUAAGGGCUAUAAAAAUAAAUUUUUCUACUGGGAAAUCAUAAAAAUUUAUGAAAAACUAUUGCUAAUGAUUAUAAUUAAUUCAAGCUUAGACGAUAUUAUUAAAUUAGUAUUAAUAAAAGUUAUUUUGUUAUCAUACUAUGCUUAUUUGAUUGCUAAAAAACCUCACAUAAGUGUUAACAAUAUGAAGUGCGAAAAACAGCUCAUGCUUAUGCUUAAUUUUAUUUUCUUAUUCCUCUUUUUUAUCAUUUAAGAAAGUAGACCAUCUCAAAAGUUGAUUCUAAUAGGCUAUUUGCUAAUAAUAUUCUGUAAUCUAAUAGCACUAUAUUCAGUAAUUUCUAAUUCUGGAACAAUCCUUAUCUUGUUAAAUUAGAAAGACACUUUUAUGGACAAAAUAAAGCAAAAAUUAAGAAAAAGUAUUUCUAAAUUUUAAUACAGCUCAAAAUUAAUAAAAUUUAGAAACACUAAUCUAUAUAGAACUAAUAAGCUAUGGAAAAAACUCUUAUAAAGUAUAAGAGAAAAAAAAAUCUUUAGCGGCGUAUCCUCGACAAAUUUCUUAACUAAUAAUAUUUUUAAUAUUAAAUCUCCUAACACAUUUACAAAUAAAUAGAAGAGUACUGAAAGAUAAUAUUUUUUAGCCAGUAGUAGUACUCCUUAUGAUUAACAAUUAGAUGAAUUUGAUGAUAAUUAUUUUUUAUCAUUAGAUGUUUUACAAUAGAAGGAAAAUUAAGUAAUCUAAAUACAAGAUACAUACAGAGAAAGUUAUUCCUCCUAAAAUCAAUUAAAAUUAAACACAAUAUUUAAUAAUUUAUGA